AUGGCAUCUGCUCUUCCGGCCUUCCCUCGGCUGGUCUUUACCGUCUUCGAGCCCAUCUCGCUCGUCGGCGGUUUCCUGGGCGCCGUGAUCAACCCGGCUUGGUUCAUAUCCGAGCAGAUCGUGGGGAGCGCCAGCUCCACCGUCCCGCCCUUGCCGGUGUCGGACAACGACCGUCUCGUGGCCCUCCAGCUCGGCAAUAUCUACCUGCUCAUGGCCAUGGUUGGGCUUGCGGUGCUGAAUUUCACGAGCGAGAUCAAGGUCGUACGCGGUUACCUAGUAGCUCUUUGGAUAGCGGACAUUGGCCACAUUUACGUCUGCUAUAACGUUCUGGGCCUCGGUCGCUUCCUCGAUGUUGCACAUUGGAAUGCCCUGACCUGGGGCAAUGUGGGAGUAACAGUGCGACCGCCCACCCACCACCCACUCAUCCCUUCAUGA